UGUUCGUCUCAAUAUAGGCUCGAGCGUGUUUAAACUUGACUUGUUUCGAGCUUUUUUUCGAUCCAAGCUCGAGUAGUUCGCGAGUAGCUUGGCUCGUUUACAGCUGUAUUGUUGGGUUAGUAGAUAUCUGAACAUCGAAAAAACUGACUUGGGUAGGCCGCUGCGGCUAUUCCGACCCAUGAAGUGAAGAUCUAAGCAUAAUCUCAACAGGUGGAAGCAUGUUUUGCACAACUGUUGAUACGCUAACUAAUAGGGAGCCUCAUUCGAUGCUUGCCGCCAUGUUCAGUGGUCGCCACACCGUUCACAAGGACUCUGAUACGGGGUAUGUGUUUGUUGACAGGGAUGGGAUGCACUUUCGGCAUAUUUUAAACUGGUUGAGGGAUGGUGUGGUUCCCGUUUCCGACUUGUCCGAUUUAGAGUGUUCAGAGCUUUUGCGGGAAGCGGAAUACUAUCAGCUUCUUGGAUUGGUGGACAGGAUUAAUGAGGUCUUGAAUAAAAAGAAGGAUGGACAAGAAUUAACCCGAACUGAUAUUAUCAAAUGUAUACACUCUACAAAGGAUGGGCGUGUCAGAUUAAGAGGAGUGAAUCUCUCUGGGCUUGAUCUUUCGAAACUGGCCUUGUGGAGUGCGGAUUUUAGCUAUGCAUGCCUCAAAAAUGUUAUCUUCUCAGGGGCUAAUCUUCUAAGUGCAAACUUACAAGCUGCUAGUUUGGAAUAUUGUAAUUUCUAUCGUGCAGACCUGCGAUCUGCAAGUCUCCAGUCUGCAAAUCUCACAGAAGCGAAUUUGGAGGGAGCCAAUCUGGAAGGAGCCAAUUUAAAGGGUGCCAAUUUGAAAGGAGCAAACUUGAAGGGUGCAAAUCUUCAACGUGCUGAUCUUCGUUUUGUGAACUAUUUGGGAAUGGCAGUGCUAGAUGGAGCGGAUUUACUUGGGGCGAUUAGAUGAGUAUAAACAUAUUUAAGACAUGAAGGCAUUCUCUUUUUAUUUUCUAUUAGUUAUCUACCGAAUUUAAAUAUCUUUGUUACUCUAUUGUUCUAUGCAUCACUUGAUUUUGGGUAAUUUGUGGUUUAAAACAAAGUUGCUGAACUUUUCGUUA